CAGCAUUAGCACCAGCCCCGCAGCCACAACUCACAUUCCAGUUGUGGUGGGUUUUUUUUGGGGGGAAUCACUGCCGUUCCCAACACUGGCGAAAAAAAAACAAACCACCCCUGGAAAGCAACAGGAGAGGCGAAAUGCACCAGAAUGCCACUGACUGAAUGCUUUGUCAAUCUCUCGCAGACCGGUUCCUUGCUGCGGAAUCCCUGGGAAUAAGCAAAGGAGGAAGAACAACAUCAAAAAGGAGAGUUUGGUUUGUGUUUGGGGGUCUCCCCUCAUCGUCCUAUCUCCAAGGCAGCAUGAAAUCUGCAGAGGAAGAAGCCUACAGUUUUGCUUCACCACAUGUCACAGUCACUCCAUCAACAGGUAUGGUAAAUCCUUCCAUACCAAUAUCCUGCCAUGGGCUGCAGUCUUCAAGUCCGGUGGCUUCUGUACUUCCAUCAACAAAUCAAAUGAUGGGAUAUGGGGGAAACAUUGACACUGGAGCUUCAAGCUACUACUUGACUCCUAAUGUAAGACCAAAUGGUGCUCCAACGCUUGAAAGUCCAAGGAUUGAAAUUACUCCUUAUCCAGGAAUACACCUUGGCCAUAAUCAAUUUACUGAUGAAACUGAGCUGGGUGGAAUCGAGAAUGGUUCUGGUUGUAAGCGUUCCAAUUCAUUAGUUACGCUGACUCUGCCAAAUGCAGAUGCCUACAGAGAUCCCUCAUGUUUAAGCCCAGCAAGCAGUCUUUCAUCUCGAAGUUGCCAUUCUGAAGCAUCUGAAUCCAGUUAUUCCAUUCCUUAUGAUACCUCUCCACUGACUUCUCCUUGGCAGUCACCAUGUGUGUCACCCAAGGGCACAGCCCACGAAGAAGGAUUCGCUCGUGGGCAAGCUGCUUGCACCCUGUGGAAUUCACCAAGGCAUUCACCAGGUACUUCACCGAGAACAAGUAUCACUGAGGAGAACUGGCUGAGCCCACGACCAACCUCGAGACCUUCAUCGAGACCACAGUCUCCUUGUGGCAAACGAAGGCAUUCGUUCAAUGGAGGAUACUUCCGACAACCAUCCUAUUCACCGCAUCAUUCUCGAACGCCAUCACCUCAAGCCUCACCUCGGGUAAGCAUGACUGAGGAGACAUGGUCAGGGAGUGGAAACCAGUACAAUUCUGCUAUUCUUGCAGCUAUUACAGCACUCACCACUGACACUUGUAUGGAUAUCAAUGACAGUAUUCCUGUCAAAUCCCCAAGAAGAACUAUACAAGACCAAAGCCCUUCCAUGUUGCUCAAGCCUGAACCAGGGAAUGAUGAACAAACAGCCUAUUCACCAUGUGGUGAUCCAUCACAAGAAGAAUUUUCUGCAUCUCGUCUUCUUAUCAAAAAAGAAACUUUCUGUGAACAGUAUUUAUCAGUACCACAGCAUCCAUACCCAUGGUCUAAACCAAAAUCUGUGUCAUCAUCGUCUUCAUCCUUUGCCAGCCCUUCUCUGCCUGCCCUUGACUGGCAGUUGCCAUCCCAUUCAGGACCUUAUGAGCUUGAGAUUGAGGUGCAACCUAAAUCACAUCACAGAGCACAUUAUGAAACAGAAGGCAGUCGUGGAGCUGUAAAGGCAUCUGGUGGGGGACACCCUAUUGUACAGCUCCAUGGUUAUAUGGAAAGUGAACCACUUACUCUACAGCUGUUCAUCGGGACAGCAGACGAUCGCCUGUUGCGACCCCAUGCUUUCUACCAGGUCCAUCGAAUCACUGGGAAGACAGUUUCCACAAGCAGCCAUGAAAACAUUAUCAAUAACACCAAGGUGCUGGAGAUUCCACUGUUACCAGAAAACAACAUGAGAGCAAAUAUUGAUUGUGCUGGGAUACUAAAACUUAGGAAUUCUGAUAUUGAGCUGAGGAAAGGCGAGACUGAUAUUGGAAGGAAGAAUACGAGAGUGAGACUGGUCUUUCGUGUACAUAUUCCACAACCUAACGGUAGAACUAUCUCACUGCAGGUUUCAUCAAACCCAAUUGAAUGCUCUCAGAGAUCUGCACAAGAAUUGCCACUAAUAGAAAAGCAAAGCAUUGACAGAUAUCCUGUGAUUGGUGGAAAGAUGAUGAUUUUAAGUGGUCACAACUUCCUCGCAGAGUCAAAGGUCAUCUUUGUGGAAAAGGCAGCUGAUGGACAUCACGUGUGGGAGACUGAGGCGAAAACUGAUAAGGAGUUCUUCAAACCUAGUUCGCUCAUAGUUGAAAUCCCACCUUAUCGCAAUCAACGCAUUACAAGUCCUGUUCAAGUUUAUUUCUAUGUAUGCAACGGAAAACGGAAGAGGAGCCAAAGCCAGCGCUUCUCCUAUCUACCUGCUAAUGUUCCUGUUAUAAAAACAGAACCCACCGAUGACUACGAAUCUGCCUUGGUCUACGGAUCGCUUAAUCAAGGGAUGAACCCAGUGUCCCAAUCUUACUACUCCCAACAGGUCAUGACACCUGAAAUGACACCGGAUCCUGGUUCUUGCCUUGUAAGUAGUUUUCCCUCUUGUCAGCAGCGAAGCACUGGGUUGUCGUCUUCCCCUACUUCAGGUCACAAACAGCAUGAAAUUACACCCAUCUCUUAUACCAAAUGUGUCAGCAGCCCUACCAGUGCUCAGCUCAGUCACCAGCAGUCUGGAGCAACAGUGCCCACUAUCCAAGAAGUGCAUAGAUCUGUUGUUGUGCAUCCAAGUUCACCCACUCACUCAGCACAUGUUAUGAUGCAGCCCCAGAUGAAUCAGCAUCUGAACAGCAGCUGUUCCCGUGGUUUCCAGCAAACUCUGUACCCCAACAAUCUUUCUCCACAAGGCCCGUCUGCUUCCCCAGAGGCUGCUUAUGUGCAGCCCUUCAGCCCCACUAACUCAGCAGCCAUGGGUCAACAGCAGCAAGCUCCGAAGCCUCCACGAAAUGGAUCUCAAUCUAGCCAAUCAAUGAUGUUGCCAGUGCACCAGGAAAACAGUCAGGAUUUGACUCCCUUGCAAAUUACAGUGAAGCAGGAACCUCAAGAACUGGAUCAGUUGUAUCUUGAUGACGUAAAUGAAAUCAUACGAAAUGACCUCUCAAGUGCCUCUGUACAUGGACAUUCGUAGUUAGUAUCAAGACCAUGGAACGAUCCAUAAUGAUCCACUGUCAUUAUGAAAAUGGUGAUCAUGAGAAGAUCUCAGGCUAUGUUGCCUCCAAGGAAAAUUGUUCGAAGUAAACAACAAACUGUUAUUUCUCUUUCUAGAAAUAAUUCACUUCAGGUAACAGAACAAAAGUGACUUGUUUUGUAAUAACUGAAAAGUAUCAGCCAGUGAUUAGGCGAACUCCCAGCGAACAGUUAUUUGGAUGAGUUCUCAGUUUCAGCAAGAACAGUCUUCCCAAAUCAUUCCAAUAAAAUUUACAUGAAACAUUUAAAGAAUUCCAAAGAAUUGAUAAAUAUGAUUGUGCAAGUAUAUGUUGAGUUAAAAAAAUUAGAUGUUCUAAAGUAUGCAAAUAU